CGUUGGCCCUCUGGAAGGGGGCGGGGCUUAUUUGCAGACGUGGCGCCGGCGCUGCUGUUUCCUUCCUCGCGCUGAGCGGGGCCUAGGCCUGUCAUUGAGUGAAGAAGCGCAGUGGGAGGAGGCCUCUGGCAUGACGUCGCCCCGAAGACGGACAGAGUUCUCCUUAUAGGAUGACGGGGAAAAGUCAGAAUUUUAGUUUCCAGCCUCCAGCUGUAGUGCAGCCUGCAGUGGAGAGCCAUUCAUAUCCAUUUGGGAAUGGUAUCAAUUCUGACAGUGAUGUGUUGGAAGAUGAAGUGGAGGUGUACGAACUGCGGCCCCGGGGAAGGGAGAAAGUCAGAAGAAGUACAUCAAGAGAGAGAUUGGAUGAUAUUGUAUUUAUAACAAAGGAUAUACAAGAAGGAGACACAUUAAAUGCCAUAGCUCUCCAAUACUGUUGUUCAGUAGCAGAUAUUAAAAGGGUGAACAAUCUUAUUACAGAUCAGGACUUCUUUGCACUAAGAGCGAUUAAAAUUCCAGUGAAGAAGUUCAGUGUACUGACUGAGACACACUGCUUUCCAAAAAGACAAGUUUCACGAUCGGCUUCUACUUCAUUCCCUGCAGAAUUCCCAGACACAUCACUAGCUACUGAGCCAUUCUCCACUGAGACUGUUGGUAGCUUCCUGAAAGAGGUAGAUCGUGAUAUAGAGCAAAUAGUGAAAUGUAAUGCAACAAAGAGAGAGAACCUUAAUGAAGUUGUUUCUGCCUUGUCUACCCAGCAAUCAAACUUUGAGCCAGAUGGUAAAACCAGUAAACGGAAAGAUCCUUAUUAUGGAGCAGACUGGGGAAUAGGAUGGUGGACCGCUGUGGUGAUAAUGGUAGUAGUAGGCAUAAUAACACCCGUUUUUUAUCUUCUAUACUAUGAAGUUUUAGUUAAAGUGGAUGUCAGUCACCAUUCUACAGUGGAAUAUUCUUCAGUGACAUCCCCAUCAAAACCAUUAGAAAAUGGAAUAAAUCAGCAGAUUUCAUGAAAUUUGAAGGUUUCUUUCCACAAACUAAAGGUAUGAACAUCCAUUCACCACAUUCUUCAAAGAGGAAAAGAACAACGGGUCCUGUGUGCAGUUUGAAAAGUAACUAUCUUUUGUGAUGGUACAAGGACACUUCUACAAUCUUGCUGUAUAUGUAGAAAAGUGGUACAAGUGGUGUUGACAAAUUCAGUAUGUUGAUGUUAAGUACACUAAAAUGCUUCCAUCUAAGAUGCUAUGCUCCCAUUUAAAGUAAUGGGAAUGAAACAAUUUUGAAUGGAAAUAUCUUAACUUCAUAAAAACUUCGAUCAUGUAUGCUGAAAAACAAUGAGUUGAGACAUUGUGUAAGUUUUCUGUACAGGAUUACCUUUACAAUUUCAAAUAACAAUAAAUUUCAGGCACUGUGUAUUUUAAAAGGACAACCUGUUCUCUUCCACCAUGAGAAUAAUACAGGGAUUAGAAAUAAUUUGUCUUCUCAGAUGUGCUGAAUAAGUUCAGUUCUCUGUACUACUGAUUAUUAUAGUUGUCUGUGAGGCCAAUGACUCAUGGGACUAACCACACGUGGCAUGUGAAGAUGUGCAACAGUAUUGAAACCCCUUUUUUCCUUAAACAGAUUUAAGAGGGGAAUAGCUUUGAGCAGGAAACCAUGAGAAAUGGGCGUUUAAACAGUGUUAUCUUCUCUAUUCCAAAAUUGCUCUCCUUCAUCUCCUGUUACCGUUUUGAAGGCUGUGACUUUGUGUAUCUAUAUGAAGCUGGAAGUGUAUGUACACCAAUUUGUUUUAGAACAGAGGAGGGGCAGUGUCUUUUUCUCACUUUCUCCGUAAUUUCAAAAACAGUGGAACUCCAGUACAUGCACAUUGUGUGUAAGAUGCAUUUAGCCAUUAUGAGAGCACAGUAUUUUCCCCAAGCAUAGUUAUUCUCUUCCAUGAAAAGUUUUAUGCCUUCUAAAUAGAUGCUAUGCCCAUAAAAUCAAUUGUGGCUUCAAAAUCCCAGGUGAAACAUGACAAGGAGAGACAGUCACAUAGCCUUCUAGAAAUUGUACAAUAAGUCCUAGCAGCAUAGUUUGCAUUUCCACUGUAGAAUUAAUGCCGUUUGACAUGACUAACUGCCAUGCCUCAGUGCUAUGGAAUCACGGGGCUUGUAGUUUUAUGAGGUCUUUAGCCUCUGCUGCCAAAUAGUGCUGGUGAUUUGCCAAACUACAAACCCAGUGACUCCAUAGCAUUGUAGAGUCAAACUGCAUUAAUUCUAAAUGAGUAGGAUUACUGAUUGCUGCAGUUCAUCUGGAGGGCUUUGUAGGUCUCCAAGCUCUAAAGCCAGAGAGUUGGUGGUGGAGCACAUAGGUUAACUGGAUUCUGGCUCUAAAGCCCAGUGCUGCACUCAGCCUUUAGAAAAGCCAGAAUCCAGUUGUUAGCUGGAAUUAUAGAAGAUUCAGUGGGAAUUUGCUAGGUCAACAUCUAUAUAAACUCCAUUGAUUCCAGCAGUCCUGUUGCAAUUUGCAAUUGGAUUUAGGCCUAAAUUUCUAGCAUGUUAUUGAACUGUAAAGAAACUACAUUCAUUUUAAGAAUUAUGCUAUAGUUUAAGAACAGUGUAAUGGUAAACCUUAUCUUUUUAAGAUGCUGAAUGUAAAACUAUUCGGCAAAAUGCUAUUAUCACUUAUUUUGUAAACUCAUGUGCAAUCUAAAAUUUGCUUAGCACCUUCGUAGCAUUUUUUAAAACCAUGAAAAAUCCAAUAUUAAAUGUAAACCUUCAAUUGGGACAAGUUUAUAUGCUAUAUUUUCCCUUGAUAUACAUGGAUAGCUGAAGCAAUUGUCAGAUAACUGUCUACUGAAUUGUUUUGAUUUAGCAAUAGCAAUUUAUGAUAUUGGGCAAGUGCUUGCUAAAUAAGGGUAUUGAGAUGCUUCCUCUUAUUAGCAUGCAAAGCAAUUUACUGAACAGAUUUCAGUAAAGCACUUUCACAUAAUAAUUUUACUGUGUGCAUUCUGUAACCACAGCUCUGUUCUCUUUUCCUGAACAGCAGCAUGCUUUCAUCUUGGGCAAGUUUAUGCUUUUUGGAUGCUUUUGAUUUUGCACCUUUCUGGAUCAGUGUGUUUACAUGAUAUGUAAUACUGUAGUUUACGUCAUGGUAAAAUGUUCAUCAGAUUAUUGAAAAAAUAGAAGCAGAGCAUCUGUGUUAUAUAUAAGAAAACAAAAAAUGGUUAUGAUGAUUCAUGAAUUUAAAAAAAUCAAAAUCUUGAGGUAGGCAAUACUUUAAUGAAGGCAAACCAAAAUUUCAAAAAUAUUAUAUAGGCAUUUAAGUUCUCAAAAACUUAAUCAGCUAUGUGCUAUGAAAAACAGGGAGGGGGAUCAUAAAAGUAUAUUUUUCAACAACAAAAACCUUAGAAAGUAUUUAUAACUAAACAUUGAAAACUAGUGUGAAUCUUUUAAACAUAGUAAAGCUAGGGCUGCUUUCAAGCCCUUGGAUUUGGAGGAUCUGCUCUACUGUGUCUUGUUUGCAGCAGAUGCUUCUCACUGUAUUAUUCCAUUUUAUAUUUCUAGAAUUUUAUAAAGACCAAAAGGAAAGCGAAGCCCAUAACUAGUUUGUGUACUGACAUAAUUUAAGACCUCUCACCAUUCUUGCUCUUACUGAAAUCUCUUGAAACCUCUCUGCACUUCAGGCAAAAGUGGUGUAAUACUGCUCUUUAAAAUCGACAAUAUUGGAAUCUUGGAGCUUGGGAAAAUUGCUUUUUAAAAUUAAAACUCCAUGCUCUCCUAGCCAGUUUUUCUGAAUUGGAUGCACACUUAAAAGGAAUACUAUCUAGGAUCCAUGUGCACAUUAUCUUUAAUAGGAUGGCUCUUCCAGUGCCUAUUUGUAAUUCUUUUCCCAUCUGAAAAGUACAAUUAUGCACAACCAGAGCUACAUUUAGUGUAUAGGCAUGAAAAGAAAAGAGAGUAGAAGGGAGAAUUUGCAGCAACAGGUUGUAAACAACUGAAUUGACCUCUUCAGUUAGCGAUCUGUUUAUGGAUCAGGUAGUGGAGGCUAUUUUUCCAUUUGUAGAGCCUUUAUCAUUGAAACUGACCUUUUUAAUCAUAUCUGGCUUCAUUUAUUAGCUAUUCAAUAGCUCUUCAGACGCACCUGAUGAUGUGCAUUCAUCAGAUCACAUAUUAAAAAUUGGAGGACUUUCAGUGAUUAUUCGUGCUUAACUUGGCUUGUAGGAAAAGAAAUUCAUAUGAAAAGGGAACUACAAUAGAGCAGUGAGAACAUGUAUCUGUGUCACUUCAAGAAAUGUAAACAUUGCUUUAUGGUAUAGUAGGCAUGAUGUAUGGAGCAUUACCUGUUUGUAAGUCAAGGCACAAGAAAAUUCCAUAUGGGUUUACAAUAGAGAUGUCCUUGAGUUACCAAGACUGAUGUGGUUAAAGCAUUGCAGCUGUAGUUCUCUUUUUAUGAUGAUAGCCAAGAGCUAUGGUGUUUGAAAAUGAUGCAUAUGUAAAACAGAAAAAUAAUCAUAAUGACUGACUAGUAUUAUGUACCAAAAAUGCAAACUUGGGCUUCAUCAUAGCUCAAGGGCCUGUGCCUUAUUUUCAUGAUUUAACCACAAACCUGCUAAAUUUUAUGAAAAAGAUUAAUAUUGUAUUUAUGAAAUGGAAGGUCUCUACUGAUUUAUUGUUAUCAGUGCCUGUUUGUCUUAUUGGGUUGUUUUGUGAGUAUACAUUUUGCUGUGGCAUUAAGAAAAUGAAAGCUGACUUCCCUUCAUGUAUUUGGUUGCUGUAUGUAUUGCUUUUCUCCAAAAUCGUUUGUUUCAGACUUGAACUUGUCAUCAUGUAAACCUAUGGUUUGGGAAAUGGUACUAAAACCAAAUAUAAUAUUAUGGAAAAUUUGGAAUAUUAGAUUAUGUAAUGAAAUGUUAUAGUGGGUGCUAAUGCCAUUCUGACAUAUGAAGUUGUUUAAACUUUACUAUGUGUCGAUAAGCCCCAUUUCUUUCAACAGCACUUCAGUCUUGUUUUAAGAAGUUCUCAUGAAGCAGAUAUGAAAUACAUAAGAUCAGGAUACCUUUGGGGUUGGGAAGAGGAAGUUGACCAUAAUAUUGAAUUAUGACAUGUAUUUAAUCAGUCAACUUGUAUUUUGUAUGAUAAGCCAUAUAAAGAAAAAUUGAUUGGUUAUUCCUAGAAACACUGCCACAAAUGCCCUUUGAAUAAUUAAGUCUUUCAUAUGUUUUGUAAUUUAUAAAAUGCUAUUGACCUAACUGCCUUUUUUUGGAAAGUACAGAAGCAAAAGUCCAAAUAAAUGAAUUUAUAUUUGUAA